AUGAAUCCAAUUUUAAAAUCCAAUUUAAAACGAAUUGGAGAAAUUUUACUAAUAGAUGAUAAUGAAAUUGAUGAUCCUAUCAAUGAAGAUUUAGAAUCGGAUUCGGAUGAUAGUGAUUAUGAAGCUGUUGUUCCAGAUUCAGACGACACAUCCACCGACGAAUACAUAUCUAGUCAAUACGAUUCAUCAGAUUCUGAUGUUGAUCAAAACAAUUCUCUAGUAUCUCAACCAUCAACGUUAGAAAAGAAUGAAAUUGUAUGGUCUAUUGAUCCAAAUCCAGUACAAGGUCGAAUAGGUGCUGCUAAUAUAAUGAAAAAGAAAGCAGGAUGUAUUGCUAAAGUUCAUACUAUUCUUGAUUGUUUCAAACUUUUCAUUACAAAUGAAAUUCUUGAUGUAAUUGUCCUUCAUACAAAUCGAUAUGCUGAACGAUAUUUUGAUCAAUUAAAAACAAUACCUGACUAUUCCGGAAUCAAAACACAUAAAAAUCGUCAGUGGAAAUCAAUUGAUCGAAUUGAAUUAGAAUCUUUUAUUGCAUUGUUAAUACAAAGCGGUCUGAAUCAUAGUAAUCAUGAUUUAUUGAACGAAUUAUGGGAUAUUAGUCAAAGUCGACCAAUAUACAGAGCAACCAUGUCUCUUCAACGAUUUAAAUAUAUACUUCAGUUUCUUAGAUUUGAUGAUCGAUAUACUCGAGAUACAUCUGAUCGUCUUUCUCCUGUCAGAUAUAUAUUUGAAAGUUUUGUCAAGCAACUGACUAAGCACUUUAUACCAGGAGAAUAUCUGACUGUUGAUGAGCAGCUGGUGCCCUUUCGCGGUCGUUGUGGAUUUGUACAGUACAUUCCGCGAAAACCGGCAAAAUACGGGCUAAAGUUUUGGGCAUUGUGUGAUGCAGAGAGUCGAUAUGUAUUAUCGAUUGAUCUGUAUACUGGGAAAAAAGAUAACAUGAUUCAGAGAAAUCUUUCGAUGAACGUUGUUCUCAACUUGAUAGAUCAUUUGCCCGACAGUGUCAAACAAGGUCGUUGUGUUACGUUUGAUCGUUAUUUUACAGAUUUGAAAUUAUGUGA